AUGCUAACUAAAAGACUAUUUCGAGUAGUUUCCUACUUUUUGUUCAUAUUAUUCACUGUGCUGGUAUUGCUAUUGUUUGCCAACAAACACGAGAUUAUAGAAUUGAACAAGUAUGUGCCGUUUGAUUAUUUCUCAAGUGCAGCUCCAGCAUUUUUUCAACCACCCCCCAACCUGUUUCUUUUAGAUAUUGCAAUAAAGAACUGCUAUGCGUACAAUUACAACAAUGCCAAUUGUGGCAAACCCGAUGCUAAUUCGGGCAAAUAUGGCGACUUGUCAGACAGUAAUGGUGGGUGGAUUCGAUUGAAAAAGGACCUAAGUUUAGGCAAGUCCUGGUUCAAAAAGCAGAUGCUUUCGGUAAAGAAAUUAGAUAGCACCCAAUUUCAAAAUUUGCUUAGAGAUAAACUUGUUGAAGAUUCGGUGAUUAUUGAUUUUGCCGUUUAUGAUUCGAUAGAUGACUCCAAAAUUAAGGGAAACCUGUUGAAAUUGCCACUCAAGAUAAUCGAGAGCUUCAACGGAAUCCAGUCUCUGAAUGAUGACUCAAAUCUAAUUGCCCCGGAAGAAGAAGAGGAGCAAACGGAAAAACACAAUGCCCAAACGGAAGAAGAAAGGAUAGAGGAAGAGAGGCAAAGGGAAGAAAUUAAGGAGAAACAGGAGAAGGAGGAGAAGGAGCAGAAGGAGAAAGCCGAAGAAGCUAAAAAAUUACUUGAGAGUGAACAAGAAUUUCUGAAAGAGAAACAAGUUGAAGAAGGAGAAAAUAGCAAUAUUGAGAAACGAUCAGAGAUGGAGGCUAAAGAGUCUUUGGAAAAAACAAAUUUAUACAUCCCAACCAUGAAGGAGGUUAGUGAGCGCGGAUGGACUUAUAAAUCCAAUGGAAUUUGGACGAGAUAUGGAAGCCACAAUAAAGAAACCGCUAUAAAUGCAGUGGACAUAUUGUUUGGCUAUGAGGCCACAGAGUUAAGGCCAAAUUGGAAGUUGUUGAAAAAAAAAAUCAAUGGCAUUUCAAGUGAGUCAGAUUUGCCAGCGUAUUUAUCAUUCCGUCGCGGCCCAAAACUCGACUAUAAAAAGAAGUAUUACACUCCUUUGAAAAUGAACAAGGAUGAUCAAUUCAAAAUACUUCAAGUUGCAGAUUUGCAUUUUUCAACUGGGUAUGGCAAAUGUCUUGAUCCCGUGCCAACUGAGUCUGCUAAGGGCUGCAAAGCAGAUUCGAGAACUUUGAAGUUUAUCAACGAGGUACUUGAUAUAGAAAAACCGGAUAUGGUUGUUUUGACAGGCGAUCAGAUAUUUGGAGAAACAUCUCCUGAUUCCGAGUCUUCUGUGUUCAAAGCCUUGAGUCCCUAUGUUAAGCGUAAGAUACCCUUUGCUAUAGUCAUGGGAAAUCAUGAUGCAGAAGGUUCAAUGAAAGCGAAGGAUAUGAUGGGAUUGUAUUCGGAUCUUCCUUACAGUCUCGCUGCUAUGGGCCCAGAAGAAAUUGAUGGGUACGGUAAUUAUAUUAUCACAGUACCGGGAAAAUCGUCUGAUUCAGUAGCAUUGUCGUUUUAUUUUGUUGACUCGCAUAGCUAUUCUUCGAACCCAAAGGCAUAUCCUGGGUAUGACUGGAUUAAGGAAAGCCAACUUGUGUAUAUGAAGGAAGAAGCCGCUUCCCUUAAAGAGGGGAUCAGGAAAUUUGAAAAGGAAACAGUUACAGAUGGUUCAAAAACAAUAACAAAGAAGAGUUUAUCAAUGGCUUUUUUCCAUAUCCCUUUACCAGAGUACAAAAAUAUUAAACAACCAAUGGUUGGUGAACAUCUCGAAGCGGUAAUUUCACCUCGGUAUAACUCCGGGGCUAGAUCUGUAUUUCAAGAGAUUGGCGUAAAAGCUAUAAGCGUAGGCCAUGAUCACUGCAAUGACUACUGCUUACUUGACCAAAAAGAUGCUGACACCGCAGGUGAUAAUGAUGGAAAUAGAAUAUGGUUAUGCUACGGAGGAGGUGUAGGCUUGGGUGGAUACGGUGGAUACGGUGGAUACGUUAGAAGACUUCGAAUUUAUUCUUUUGACACAGCUCGCGGUGAAAUCAAGACAUGGAAAAGGGCAGAGAAUGAACCUGGCAAAAAGAUUGAUGAGCAGAUUUUAGCAAGUGACGGGGAAGUGGUAAAUCUGUAA